AUGGUGGCUGCUGACCAGGUUUCUGGGCCUUCACCCACCCAACCUCUACCAGCGCUACUGGCAAGCGGGAUCCCCCAUGAGGACCGCAUAGCAGCAGCCUUCGACCAUUUUUGGGCACGGUUGUGGGCCACAGUGGCACGGACCCAAGCAGCCAUAACGGUCCCUCAACUGCACACCACCUCACCUGCACACAAAUCAGCUCUGACACGCACAAUCAUGCCACCGACUAGUACGAAGCAGCAGAGGAGAUCACGGGUUUUGCCCAGACUUAAGGGCCGCACAUCACGCAUCCAACACCGCCUGCCUUGGUCCCGACAUACUCGGAGAGCCCUCCCACACGGCCCACCGCUAUACAAGCUAAAGAGACACACUCGGAGGGCCUAUGCUUGGCCUACAAGCAGCGGAGCCAAGAUGGUCACUCAGCACAUCAGCUGCCCAUGGCGCUGCAUAGCCGCAACCAGCAUCCAGAAGGGCUUUGCCCCUACAUCAGGAGGAAAAGAGACACCAGCCUACAGAUCAAUCCCAUACGGCAAACGGUAUGAUAGGUCUUGGUUGCUGCACUCUAUUGAGCAGGAAUGUGGCUCUCAGUUCAAAGCCUUCCAGUUUCACUAUGUAAACAACAUGGCUGUUUUCUACGUGGAUAGUUUUAAAAUUGCAAAAAAUCUGGUGAGAGUUUCAAAAAGAAUUCACGGAGAACAUUACUACAAGAUUGUUAUUAUUGCCACCCCCUGUGAGCCCCCAUUCACUAACAUGCAGGAGUUUCCAGCAUCAAGUCCAAGAGUUGUGUCCGUACACGACACAAGGCGCUAUAGCAUUUCCAGCGCAACAGAAAUAAAGAUGUGUCUGCAGAAACGAUACUAUGUAAUGCUAGAAAGUCUAGAUCUGAGCAACCUUUCAAACGACCCUGAUCUGCGAUCUGCAAAUAUUUAUUUUCCAUUAAACAAAGCUUCGUCUAUAGAGAUUAUCUUACAAAUACUCGCAGAGUGUUAUCCUAAGCUGAUAUCUUUGAAUCUAAGCCACAACAGCCUCCACUGUCUCACUGGACUUGCUCCCCUCUAUUACACAACUCCGAACCUGAAGAGCCUGAAUCUCUCCUACAAUAAACUUUGCCAGGUAGAAGAUCUAGAGCUCAUUCAACACCUGGACUUGAAAGACCUUUGGCUGGAAGGAAAUCCAAUUAGCAAAUCCUCUGUUACCUCUUCUUACUACAGAAUGGUAGUUAACCAUUUUCCAGGAAUCCAAAAGCUGGAUGGACACAUUUUUAAACCCAAUUUCUUUUUUGAUAUCGCGGACUCAAAAGCACUCCCUCCUGUACAGGGGAGCUUUUUUGGUAAUGAAAAUAUCAAAUCGUUCCUGGGGCAGUUUCUUUCCAAAUAUUUUACAUUGUAUGAUUCAGAGGGACGACAAGCACUCCUGCAAUUUUAUCACGAGAACGCAGUCUGUUCCUUCAGUUUGCCCAAUGUUAAAUUUCCAAAGAUGUGCCAUGAGCAACUUAAUGACUAUUGGAAAGAAAACCGAAAUCUUGUGAAAGUUAAAAAAACAGAUUUAAGGCAACAACUGAUCAAAUACAACCGGCUACAUGUGGUUGGUUUCCUCUGCAAUCUUCCUAAAACAGAGCAUAAUCUGCAGUCUUUCACUGUGGAUGUCAGCAUGCAAACGCCACAUCUUUUGUGUUUUUCUGUGGAAGGUGUUUUUAAAGAAGCAAGUGUAAUCUGGGAAAACCUUGUUAGGACAUUCAGAAGGACCUUUGUCAUUGUCCCAGCUCCUCCUGGUGUAAGUGCCCAGAUCCUGAAUGAUCAGAUGGUGAUUCUGAAAUCAUCCACUGGCUCACCAGAGAGUUCUUCCAUGGUGAUAGCUUUACCUGGUAGUCCAGGAAGCUGUAACAAAACCUUGGACUCUGAAAAGAUGGCGGUUCUCCAGGCUUUCUCUGACCAGACUGCCAUGAAAACUGAUUGGGCACAAAAGUGUCUUGAAGAUAAUAACUGGAAUAUAAAACAAGCUGGAGAUAUUUUCAGGUUUCUAAAGGAUAGAGGAGCCAUUCCUAUAGAAGCAUUUUGUGAGCCGGGAAUAGAAUCUGAUUUGCCGCAAAUAUAAGCUAUUGGAUGGGUUAGGAUGCAAA